AUGUCGCCAGCCAAGCGCCCCGCUGCUCCAUCGGCGAAGGACAGCGUCAAAGGGGAGCGAGUCGGAGCGAGGACCAAAAAGCUGCUAGAUCCGGACAUGAGGCGUGAUUUGAGAUCGGCUCGUAGCUCAGACGUGCUCCACUUUGAAAGUUUGUGGGAUCGUCAGCUGCGACGGGCACUAGGCCGGCUCGAGAUCGCGCAGGACCGUUUGAAGACGGCCAAAACUAAGCAGGAUGUCGAUGUGGCCAAGAAUGGAGCUGAUGCCAGCAUGCUGUUGGCAGGUGGGGGCUAUGGUCCGGCCUCCAACAAGUGGAUGAGGAGCGAGGACCAAAAGCUGCUAGAAUUGAAGAUGAGGCGCGAUUUGAGAUCGGUUAAUACUGCAAAGCGGCAGCUGCAACUCGCGCUGAAGCAGCAGGGGCUCGCUCAAGACCAAUGGAAGACCGCUCAAGACCAAUGGAAGAAUGCCGUGGAAGCCGGAGACCAAGCGUGCGGGUUAUGGUCCAGCCUCCGACAAGUGAACGAGGCCUUUUGUGCAGCCGUUGUUCACGCGGGUUUGCAUUGCAACUUGCUGGUGGCGAGUACCUCCGUUGCCACCGUGCGACGCAGUGCCUUGGUUCAAAUUCUGGAGAGAUAUUCAAUGCCGCCAGAGAAGCGCCCCGCCGCUCCAUCUGUGGAGGACCGCGUCAAAGGGAGUUUCCUGGAGCUUCAGUUGCUGGAAGCCUUUUCUUCUGCAGGAGAAAGCCCCUGGGAAAAACAGCUGCGACUGGCACUGAAGGAGAAGGAGACGGCGCUGCAGGAGAAGGCUAUAGCACUGGGGAGAUUGCAGAAGGCCACAGAGGCCAACGACAAGAAUGAUAUCGCGGAGGCCGAGAAGAAGGUCGAGGCGGCCGAGAAGAAGGUCGAGGCGGCCAAGAAGGAGGUCGAGGCGGCCAAGAAGGAGGUCGUGGCGGGUCCAGCCCAGGAAUUGCCGACUCCAAGUUCGAAGACGAAAGUCGGGCUCCUCCAGCUUGGGGAGUUCAAGGCCGACGAGCUGCUCGACGUCAAGGAUUUCAUGGACUUCGUGGCACCCAACACGACCGCUGACAGACCGCUCUUCCUGCGAAAGCAUCUCCUCAACGUGCACGAAAAGGCAGUGGAGGCUUUGCAGUCGGAGCACAAACGCCUGGUGUCGCUGGUCGGCUGCCCUGGCACCGGCAAGACGUGGUGCGGGUGGCUGGUGGCCUACACCCUGCAGAAGGUGGGCAAGAAGACCCUGCACCUGACGAUCAGGAACUCAGACGUGACGGCCAUCGCCAACUUCCAGGUGAAGAAGCAGUACGAGGAGGUGAGCUGGAACGGGCACAUGCUCAAGCAGGUCCUGAGAGAGUCGAAGUGCCAGGUCUGCAUCGUGGACGUGAGCAUGAACAAGCCGGAUGCGGCCAUGGACAUCUUCACCGGCAUCCAGCAGCUGAUCGAGCGGAACGAGGAAGAGUUCGCUGGCGUGAAGUUCAUGGGGCUGCUGUCCGGCCACGGCCAGGAGAAGAUCACAGGCAAGCAGUUGAGUCUGCAGGUCAUACAAAAGCUGGUGCUUUGGAGCUGGAGAGAAGAGGAGGUCGCCACUCUAUGUACAAAGCUGAAAGAUGCAGGUUCGGAGCCUCCAUCUGACGAGGCCUACAAGGUGUGUGGAGGAUCUGUGCGGUAUCUUUUCCGACACGAAGAAGAGGCGAAACGAACUAGAGACGCCGUGAAAGGGCUCUCCCAAGAUGAGAUGAAGAGGUUGCUUGCCCUGGAUAUGCCCUUAGACGACCAGCAGGGGAAGAACCGCAGCAGACUUCUCUCGUUCUUUCCCAGCAGAGGUGCUUCCAAUGCAGUCGAUGAGUACUUCGCGGAGGGCGUCAGCGAGGCACGGCCGAUGCCCCGCUCCGACUUCGUCAUCAAGUGCAUCAAGCAGAACAAGCACGCGAAGUUUGAGGAGGUGUUAAACAUGUACAAGGAGCUCUCGAACAUGAACGCAGGCGCCGCCGGCUGUGCCUUCGAGCUCUUGGUCCACCUGUUUUGGCGGGAUGCUGCCGCGACAAAGCAGAGGGUCGAGCUUUCACUUACGGGCGAGGAGAUCGCCACGGUGGAAGUGGAUUGCGCAGAGUUCCCGCAAAGGCCUCAAAGUAUCGAAGAGUAUGACAAGGAGGCCGUCGCAGUCCUCAACGAGCUUGAGGGCUACUUCACGCCUGACAGCCCGCGAUUUCCUGUGCUCGACAGCAUUCUCAGGUACAAGUCUGCCGGCAAGAUCGAGGUGCUGGCCAUCCAGAUCAGCAUUGCCGCGACUCACGAGCACGGCAAGCUCGCAAAUCCGCCGAAGUUGCUGACUUCUCGGUCAGGCAGUGACAAGCUGCGCUUGGCCUUGUGGGACUUUCCCCCAGACAAACGUUGCAAUUGGAAGCCCAACAAAUCUGAGCACUGGAAGCGGCUGCAUGUUGGCUGCAAGGCCUUUGACGAGCGCAUGCUGCAACGCUGA